AAGAAGCACCCUGAAUUACGUCAAGCCGAGCUGUUGGCAGCAGCAUCAAAAUCCUUCCUGCGGGAAGUUCUUGGGAGCCCUGAGGAUUAUCUCAGUGAUAAUGGUGCAACUCUUGUCUUCAAUACUGUACUCGAGAAGUGCCUUGAUGUUGAAGGGUCCCAGGAGGCAUUCCAGCUUCUAGCAGAAAAGAUCAAGGAACCCUUGGUCCCAGGGGAAGUGAAACACAUUGUGGAACGUUCAGCAACACAUCUCAUGCUCAAGAAGCUCAUUAUGGAAGAAACCUCGGUCUCCGACCGGGACAAUGGGGACCAUUCCCAUUGUCUAAAGCAGCUUCGAGAGGGUCUUGCACCUGCCAACCCGCUCGCAGGAGGGUUUCACAGGGACUGGCGGGACCCC